AUGGCACCCGCAGCAGUGGAACUUCACGUUAAAAACACCCAAGGGAACGGUUUGCUGGAUCCUCAGGAUCUUAUAGGGAUUCUAGAAAACGCGGCACUCUUUAAAGAUGGAGUCGGAAAAGAACCAGGCCUUUGGCUAUACAAGCCGGAGACAGAUGGAACGCUUCCUGUGCGAUGGACAUACAAAGAGCUGUUAUUAGAGGCAAAGAGGAAAGCCAGCAUCUUGUUGCAUUAUCUGAAAGCUCAGUUCCCCGCAGACCUUUUAGCGGUGAAGCGGAAAGUCGUUCUUUUGCAUUUCGAUAAUCAUAUCGAUAGUAUUGCCUGGUUUUGGGCAGUUGUAUCUGCUGGUUUAUUGCCUGCAAUUUCUCCUCCACUGUCGGCUAAUGCUGCCCAACAAGAGCAGCAUAUCCAGCACUUAACGACCUUGUUGGAGACGCCAGUGGUGUUGAGUACUGAUCGCCUAAUCAAACGCUACCCGGAACUCGGAAGCCAGCCGUUCACGGUUACCAUCGAGCAGUUACUCUCACAGUCUAGCAAUGUCUUUAAUGAUGAGCUUGAUAAUGGGAAAUAUGGAUCACAGCCUCCUCGUGGAGAGGAGCCUGCUGUUUUGAUGUUGACAUCAGGGUCCACCGGAAAUGCCAAAGCUGUGGAGUUGACUGUUCCGCAGCUAGUCGCAUCCUUGCGUGGUAAAUCCAAGGCCCUUAAUGUUUCGGAAAAUGCGAGCUUCCUUAAUUGGAUUGGGCUGGACCAUGUGGCUAACCUGGUUGAGAUCCACCUCUUGGCUAUGUACAACAAAGUAGACCAAGUUCAAUUGCGGGCUCACGAUGUUAUAUCAGAACCCGUCCUAUUUUUGAAAGUGAUCCAUAACCAUCGCAUCACGAAUACGUUUGCUCCGAACUUCUUCCUUGCCUUGCUCACUAAACGGCUAGCGAUCUUGGAAUCUGAGGCAUCGAGUAUCACGGGUCUCGAUCUCUCGUGCCUGAAGACCGUCGUCUCCGGAGGCGAAGCGAAUUUAGUCGAGACUGGCAAAGCGCUAUGUGCCACUUUGGAAAAGCUCGGUGUUACAAAGUUCGCUCUGUACGUUGCAUAUGGAUUGACAGAAUCUAGUGCAGGACUCUCCUACGGCCUCUUUGAUGCUAAAUAUGAGGAUGGCGAAGACCAUGAGUUUGCAUCGAUUGGAAAGCCCACUAUAGCAGCAAAAGUGCGUGUCUUUGGGGACGGAAAGGAAACAGGGCCCUAUGUGCUCGGAGAGCUUCAGUUGUCCGGCGAUGCCAUAUUUAAAAAUUACUAUCGCGACCUAGAAGCAACUAAAAAAUCGUUCACGCCUGACGGCUGGUUCAUGACUGGGGACCGCGGAUACAUUGACCGUACUGGAGCCCUUAAUAUUGCUGGCCGAAGCAAAGAGAUUCUUAUCAUCAACGGCGUUAACCGUGCACCUCAGGAUAUUGAAGCUGCAUUGGAGACGGCUAACCUCGCCGGUGUUGUCUCAUCAUAUUUCGCAGCUUUCUCGCACCGACCCAAGGGAAGCGAUACCGAAGGAUAUUGCGUUGUCUAUAGUCCCCAAGUCACAUUCGAGGUCCCAAAAAGACGCGACGAGAUUGCCGAAUCGAUUGCACGAGCUGCCGCUGUCAUACCUGGCAUGCGUCCAGAAUGGCUCAUUCCCCUGCCGCUCUCGCGGUUGGAAAAAUCCUCGCUAGGAAAGCUGUCACGAACGCGGUUGAAGAAGCAAUUCGAUCAAGGGGUCUUCGACGAUGUCCGGAUUCGCUCAAGGAUCCCAAUACAGACAUACGUGCAUGCUAGCUACGUCGCCCCAUCGAAUGACACUGAAAAGAAAGUGGUCGAAGCGCUGGGCGACAUGCUGGAGAUGCCGGCGAACUUGAUCUCUGUUGAUCGAACGAUUUUCGAAUUAGGAGUUACCUCGCUUACAUUAUUCCGGUUCGAGCAUCUGCUCCGCAAACACAUCUCUCUCGAUGUCGGGGUAUCAAUAAUCACUUUCCUGAACAGUCCGGUAAUCCGCAAUAUUGCAACAGCGAUCGACAAUGCCAAUUCCCACGAAUACAACCCCGUGGCUCAGCUGCAAGCGCGAGGAAGCAAACUGCCUCUUUGGCUCGUUCAUCCUGCAUCCGGAAACGUUCUUGCUUUUUUACCUUUGGCCCGUACUAUCGUUGAUCGUCCGCUAUAUGCUCUCACGGCGCGUGGACUGGGCAACAAUGAGAAACUGUUUGACAGCAUCCCCGAAAUGGCUGACACCUACUUUCAACAUGUUAAGCGCACCCAGCCAAAGGGGCCUUAUGCCCUGACGGGGUAUUCGCUGGGCACAACCGUCGCGUUCGAGCUAGCGAAAAGACUUGAGGCCAAUGGAGACGAAGUAGCCUUUUGCGCUGCGUUGGAUUCUCCGCCUCACAUAAUCCCACUAGUAGGGCCACUUGACUGGACGGCUGCUGCUAUUCGAGUCACCUAUUUCCUCGAACUGAUUGCGCAAGAUGACAUCCCCAAAUACGAAGUGGAAUUCAAAGGCCUCUCUCAAGUCGAAGUGAUUAACCGACUCCUAGAAGUCUCCUUCCCCGAACAGCUUGCCAAACUCAAGCUCACAACAGCGCAAUUGAUGGCUAUCGUGCAUGUAACGGACAAUUUUGGCAAGAUGGGUAAAGUAUACCAGCCCGAGGGAACCGUGCGCAAAAUGGACGCCUUCUACUGUAUCCCGCUCAAAUCCGUCUGUCUAAACAAGGAUAAGUGGGUUUCAGAGCAUCUGGGUGCGUGGCAGGACUUCUCUCGUGAACCGAUCGAGGUGAUUGAAUGCGAAGGAGACCACGCCGAUAUGCUGAAUGCGCAAUAUGUGGAGGGCUUCGAACAACGCUUAUCGAAAGUGCUUGCCGCACGUGGAAUCUAA